AGCAAAGGGUGGCAGUAAAACGCGGUUCCCAAGGAAGGACAACAUCAAUGUCAUCGAGUGAUGGCACAACUGCAGUGGUACUGCGCACCUUUUGCAUGGGUCCUUCCUGCCAUUUUUCAUCUUCUUGUGAUGUACUGCGGCUCUCAUUAUAUGCAUAAAUGCCCGUCGCGUUAAGGUCUGUGCAGCACCUCAUCACUUGCGCCUCCUCACUCGCACUCCAACAUGAAAGACCCACUCAUCGUGCAGAAACGUGGAGCUAAUACCUUCUCGUCCCCCUCCUCCCCUUCCUCCUCCAGUAUCACCACCAAUGCGUCGACCGAGGUGGCCCGCAACUCGGAGGUGAUCUCGAGUAAAGCCGCCAAGAGAAAAGCUCAGGCGGCCGGUGACAAGGGCGCUAAGAAGCGCAGCAGUGACGGGAAGCAGCCUUCUUACCGCGGCGUUCGAAUGCGUAACUGGGGCAAAUGGGUGUCGGAGAUCCGGGAACCCAAGAAGAAGUCGAGGAUCUGGCUCGGGACAUUCCCGACCGCCGAGAUGGCCGCCCGAGCGCAUGACGUGGCCGCGCUAACGAUCAAGGGGCCAUCCGCACACCUCAACUUCCCCGAAUUGGCUUCCAAGCUACCGCGGCCGGCCACAGCAGCACCCAAGGACGUCCAGGCGGCCGCGGCGCUGGCUGCCGCGGCCACGUUGGGUGGUCACAGCCCGGGGCUCUGCGGGAGCCCGGAAUCAGCCCCGAGCCAGAACGAGCCAUCACCGAUACCCCACUCUCCCGCUCCCACGUCGCCGCGCAGCGAUGACGACGGUGCUCUCUUCGACCUACCUGAUCUCUUGCUUGACCUAAGAGAAGGCUUCGGCCACUCCUCAUCGUGGAACGCUUCCUCGGCGGAGGCCGGCAUCGAGUUCAGGGUGGAGGAGCCAUUCUUAUGGGAAUACUACUAAAGCUCAUAGCCUCCUCUCAUGGUUUUUCUCUACCUACUUGGGGCAUAUCAAUUAGCGACAGGCAUAUCAAACUCUUCGGUAUACUUCACUAAGAUGUAUAUAUAUAUAUAUAUAUAUCUAUCGAUCU